AUGGAACCUACUCCAGACGUACCACCACGGCCAGAGGGGAGCCCAGGCACGCAAUUCUUAUGCUUGACCAUCUGUGGCUACCGUCGACCUGGAAUGAGCGAGACGGACUACAGGCACCAUAUGACACAGGUUUCAGCUCCCCUAACCAAGGAUUUGAUGGUCAAGUAUGGUGUAAAACGAUGGACUCAGAUUCACAAUACAGCCGCAACUCGGGCACUGAUGGCUAAAUUAUAUGACCAUCAGAUGACCAAUCUUGCAGAUUUUGACUGCUUUAGUCAGGUGGUGUUUAAAAGUGUAGAUGACUACAAAAAGAUGAAAGAAGACCCGUGGUAUAAAUCUCAAUUGGUCAAUGACCACGAGAAGUUCGCCGACACAAAGAGAAGCAUGAUGACGAUUGGCUGGAUUACGGAAUUUAUUAGAGAUGGGGAGGUAGUGGACGGAAUGAAGGAUUGUUGA